GGCGCGCAGUGCGGCUGCGCGGGCGUCUCAGGCUCCGAGGCCCGGGCGCCGCGGCUCUUUUGUUUCUCCGCCGGGGCCGAGCCCGGGCCUCUGUUGGAGCCAGAGUCGGAGUCGGAGUCGGAUCCAGAUUCGGAUUAGCAGCCCGGGGACAGUGCCGCGGCACAGACGCCACAGGGAGAGCGACCCUCGGACCCCGCCUGGCCCGCGGGGCUGGGACCCGGCCCCGGCCUGCCCGAUGGGGCGCGCGGCCCCGGAGAUGCGCCUUCGCCCGGCCCCGCGCCUCCGGCCCCGCGCCCCCGGCCCGCCCGCGCCGGCCCGCGCCUCCGCCUGAGCCCCUCGCGCCCCGGCCCGCCGCCCCCCGCCCCGCGCCACCGGCCCGCCCGCGCCAUGGAGCCCGGCCGCGGCGGCACCGAGAUCGUGGGCAAGUUCGAGUUCUCCCGCAAGGACCUGAUCGGCCACGGCGCCUUCGCGGUGGUCUUCAAGGGCCGCCACCGCGAGAAGCACGAUCUGGAGGUCGCCGUCAAAUGCAUUAACAAGAAGAACCUCGCCAAGUCUCAGACGCUGCUGGGGAAGGAAAUCAAGAUCCUGAAGGAACUGAAACAUGAAAACAUCGUGGCCCUGUACGACUUCCAGGAGAUGGCCAAUUCUGUGUACCUGGUCAUGGAGUACUGCAACGGCGGGGAUCUGGCCGACUACCUGCACACCAUGCGCACGCUGAGCGAGGACACCAUCAGGCUCUUCCUGCAGCAGAUCGCGGGCGCCAUGCGGCUCCUGCACAGUAAGGGCAUCAUCCACCGCGACCUGAAGCCGCAGAACAUCCUGCUUUCCAACCCCGCCGGCCGCCGCGCCAACCCCAACAGCAUCCGCGUCAAGAUCGCUGACUUCGGCUUCGCGCGGUACCUCCAGAGCAACAUGAUGGCGGCCACGCUCUGCGGCUCCCCCAUGUACAUGGCCCCCGAGGUCAUCAUGUCGCAGCACUACGACGGGAAGGCGGACCUAUGGAGCAUCGGCACCAUCGUCUACCAGUGCCUGACCGGGAAGGCGCCCUUCCAGGCCAGCAGCCCGCAGGACCUGCGCCUGUUCUACGAGAAGAACAAGACGCUGGUGCCCACCAUCCCCCGGGAGACCUCGGCCCCGCUGCGCCAGCUGCUCCUGGCCCUGCUCCAGCGCAACCACAAGGACCGCAUGGACUUCGAUGAGUUUUUCCAGCACCCUUUCCUUGACGCCAGCCCCUCAGUCAGGAAGUCCCCGCCUGUGCCUGUGCCCUCGUACCCAAGCUCCGGGUCUGGCAGCAGCUCCAGCAGCAGCUCCACUUCCCACCUGGCCUCCCCGCCGUCCCUGGGCGAGAUGCAGCAACUGCAGAAGACCCUGACCUCCCCAGCCGAUGCCACUGGCUUCCUGCACAGCUCCCGGGACUCUGGCGGCAGCAAGGACUCCUCCUGUGACACAGACGACUUCGUCAUGGUCCCCGCGCAGUUUCCAGGUGACCUGGUUGCUGAGGUACCCAGUGCCAAGCCCCCGCCAGACAGCCUGAUGUGCAGUGGGAGCUCGCUGGUGGCCUCUGUGGGCCUGGAGAGCCAUGGCCGGACCCCAUCUCCAUCCCCACCCUGCAGCAGCUCCCCUAGUCCCUCAGGCCGGGCCGGCCCGUUCUCCAGCAGCAGGUGCGGCGCCUCGGUCCCCAUCCCAGUCCCCACGCAGGUGCAGAACUACCAACGCAUCGAGCGAAACCUGCAGUCACCUACCCCGUUUCAAACGCCUCGGUCCUCUGCCAUCCGCAGGUCAGGUAGCACCAGCCCCCUGGGCUUUGCACGGGCUAGCCCUUCACCCCCUGCCCACGCUGAGCAUGGAGGCGUCCUGGCCAGGAAGAUGUCCCUGGGUGGAGGUCGGCCCUACACGCCAUCCCCUCAAGUUGGAACCAUCCCUGAGCGGCCAGGCUGGAGUGGGACACCCUCCCCACAGGGAGCGGAGAUGCGUGGUGGCAGGUCCCCUCGUCCAGGCUCCUCUGCGCCCGAGCACUCCACCCGCACUUCCGGGCUGGGCUGCCGCCUGCACAGCGCCCCCAACCUGUCCGACCUGCACGUUGUCCGCCCCAAGCUGCCCAAACCCCCCACGGACCCCCUGGGAGCCGUGUUCAGCCCUCCACAGGCCAGCCCUCCCCAGCCGUCCCACGGGCCACAGUCCUGCCGGAACCUGCGGGGCUCACCCAAGCUGCCUGACUUCCUGCAGCGAAACCCUCUGCCCCCCAUCCUGGGUUCCCCCACCAAGGCUGUGCCCUCCUUCGACUUCCCAAAGACUCCCAGCUCCCAGAACCUGCUGGCCCUCCUAGCCCGGCAGGGCGUGGUCAUGACGCCCCCUCGAAACCGGACGCUGCCCGACCUCUCUGACGUGGGACCUUUCCAUGGUCAGCCGCUGGGUCCUGGCCUGCGGCCAGGCGAGGACCCCAAGGGUCCCUUUGGCCGGUCUUUCAGCACCAGCCGCCUCACCGACCUGCUCCUGAAGGCGGCAUUUGGGACACAAGCGCCGGACCCUGGCAGCACAGAGAGCCUGCAGGAGAAGCCCAUGGAGAUUGCACCCUCAGCUGGCUUUGGAGGGAGCCUGCACCCAGGAGCCCGUGCUGGGGGUGCCAGCAGCCCCGCCCCGGUAGUUUUCACCGUGGGCUCUCCCCCGAGCGGGAGCACACCGCCCCAGGCACCCCGCACCAGGAUGUUCUCGGUGGGUUCGGCUGGCUCCUCUGCCCGCCACCUGGGGCCUGGAGCCUGCAGUGAGGCCCCAGGCCCAGAGCUCUCUGCUCCAGGACAUGGCUGCAGCUUUGCUGACCCCAUUGCUGCCAACCUGGAGGGGGGUGUGACCUUCGAGGCCCCCGACCUACCUGAGGAGACCCUCAUGGAGCAAGAGCACACGGAGAUCCUGCACGGCCUGCGCUUCACGCUGCUCUUCGUGCAGCACGUCUUGGAGAUCGCAGCCCUGAAGGGCAGUGCCAGUGAGGCAGCCGGGGGCCCCGAGUACCAGCUGCAGGAGAGCGUGGUGGCCGACCAGAUAAGCCUGCUGAGCCGAGAAUGGGGAUUUGCAGAGCAGUUGGUGCUGUACCUGAAGGUGGCCGAGCUGCUGUCCUCUGGUCUGCAGACUGCCAUCGACCAGAUCCGGGCCGGGAAGCUCUGCCUGUCGUCCACUGUGAAGCAGGUGGUGCGCAGGCUGAACGAGCUGUACAAGGCCAGCGUGCUGUCCUGCCAGGGCCUGAGCCUGCGACUGCAGCGCUUCUUCCUUGACAAGCAGCGGCUCCUGGACCGCAUCCACAGCAUCACUGCGGAGAGGCUCAUCUUCAGCCACGCCGUGCAGAUGGUGCAGUCGGCCGCCCUGGACGAGAUGUUCCAGCACCGCGAGGGCUGCGUGCCGCGCUACCACAAGGCCCUGCUGCUCCUGGAGGGGCUACAGCACAUGCUCUCGGACCAGGCCGACAUCGAGAACGUGGCCAAGUGCAAGCUGUGCAUUGAGCGGAGACUCUCAGCGCUGCUGACCGGCGUCUGUGCCUGACCUUUCUGAUCUGGCUGGGCUCUGGGUCCUGCCAAGACUUGCGGGGUGGGCUCCGUGUGCUGGCAGGACUCCUUGAGACAAGCCCAUGGAAGCGAUCGCUGGUGCCGAGUCCUGCCCGGGGCCCCACGGACAGUCAGCCUGCCAGACGUUCUGCAGGUCAUGGGGCGAAACCAGCACGUCAGGAGCCACACAGCUUGCAGGCCCUCCCGUCUGUUGCAGGUGGGGAUCACAGAACUUCUGCCCCUCCAGCUGCCUGGCACAGCAGGCACGGUUGCCACCACCCUCUAGCCCCAGGGCAGCCCCAGAGGACAGGCAAAGGGCCUGAGACCGCUGCCGACUCGAAGCCAAAGCGAGCUCCUGCUCAGGCCAGGUCAGCAGUCGCUGUGCCCAGGAAGAGCCUGCGGCCUCGGCACCCCCGUCUCCAGGAGCCUCUCCCUCCGAGACAUCACCCAGCUUUGUCAGUCACCUGAGCACUUUAUGCAGACACAGACAGAACCUGGACCUCCCCAGGGACUGCUGGGCAGUGAUUCCUGGCAGUGGCCUGGUGUUUGUACAUAACACAUAUGUGGACACACACGCCAGGCUGCGGAGCUGCCCAGGCCUGGACCUCAGGAGAACGGGCUCCGGGUGAGUGGGGCCGUGCGCUGGAGGGAGAGGCGCUGCUUUUCUCAGGCGCUCCUCUGGGGACCAGCAGCAGAGGCACACAUUCUCUCAGCCCUGGAAACGUCUUGUCGUUUUUCACACUUUAUUCCUAAAACGUGUCUUAUUUUUAUGCAGCUCAUUUUUUCUUUAAAGGAGAAAACUUGUAGGUGUUUAAGAAUUGGUUUUGGGAGGGUGAGGACUGGGUCAGGUUAGAGGCAGAGGUGCAGGGGUGUGGUGGAGGCGGGUGAGGCUGCUCUGUGCACACCUGUGUCGGUGGCUGUCCCCUGCCCUCUCCCUGUGGCAGCAGCAGGACAGGUGUGUGCCCAGCACCCUCCCCACCUGGAGCUGGGGGCAGAUGAGGGAAUACUUCAUGCAAAGAAAAAAUAAAAUAUGCAAAAGCGCCCGCCCAACGUCGACAGUUUUGAUGUCAGCUCCUUGGCAGGGUAGGCCUGGUGACAGCCCUGUCCCUGCCUGCCUCGGCCUUGCCCAGGGCCACCGAUGGUGUCCGCAGAGAGGCCUGCCUUCCGGGUUCCAGGUGGGCAUGCGCUGCAAACCCCGCCUGGGCUCCCCUGGUCUGCCCAGCCCUCGGCCAGCCUUGCCUGAAUCUACUUGAAUGAAUCCCCAGUCUGCUGGAGGCAGCGGUGGGGCUGUGGACCCACACAGGGGUUUCAGGGUCACACGCCACAGAAUAGACAAAAAUACACACACGUGUGUUUUUAUUUGCAAUACUUGAAAUAUUGCCACUGUGCUUGGACUUCGAAGAAGAAACCCCCGUGACUUCUUCCUCAUCACCCUGAUGGCUUUAUUCUCACGCUGCGGGGCAUGUGCAUAUUUAUUGCUUCAUGGCCGACUGGAUCCCGAGUCCUGGGAAGCCGGCACUGCGGGGAUCCCCCCCGGCCCCGGUCCUCUGGCUUCCAUCGCGGCCGCGUGUGUGUGUGUCCGAGCAGGUUCUGGGUGCCUCGACUCAAGAACUGCCACUGGCUGUAUGUCCUCCACCUGGUCGUGCUGGACCAUCUGUCUAUUUUACAGGAAAUUUUGUGUGAUUUCCUGCCCUUUGCAUUAUAUUGUGUAAUAUCAAUUUAAGGAAAUAAACCUUUGAAAUUGU